CCAAUGGCGACCGACGGCGACGCGAGCGGCCUCGAGGCGCAGGCGGCGGCGGCGGCCGAGGCGGCGCGGGAGCUGCGCGAGGCCGCCGCCGCCCUCUCUGCGCGCCGCUCCGCCGACGAGGACGCGCUCCGCCGCCGCGCCACCGCGCUCGACGCCGACCUCCGCCGCCUCCAGGGCUCCCUCUCCACCCUCGCCCCCGCCACGCUUGACAAGGUUGAGGAGGAACUAGAGCGUGCCAGAGUAACAAUCUCCGACAGCGAUGUGGCUGCAUUUCUCCCAAGCAAGCGGAAUGGAAAGUUCCUCAAGACGUUUCUUGGCCCUGUAAAUGUGCGGGUGGCAAGAAAAGAAGAUCAGCUCAGAGUGAAGGAUGAGUACAACAAUUACAGGGAUAGGGCUGCUUAUAUGUUUCUAUUGUUUCCGUCCAUUCUCCUCCUACUUAGAUGGUGGAUAUGGGAUGGAUGCCUUCCAGCGUUGGCAGUUCAGAUGUACCAGGCCUGGCUAUUAUUCCUUUACACAAGUUUCGCUUUGCGGGAGAAUGUGUUGAUUGUAAACGGAAGUGAUAUUCGUCCUUGGUGGAUAUACCACCACUAUUUAGCAAUGCUAAUGGCUCUUGUUAGCCUUACAUGGGAAAUAAAGGGACAGCCUGAUUGUUCCAACAAGCAGCGAGGGGUACAACUUUUCUUGCGGUGGGCAAUCAUGCAAGGAAUUGCAAUGCAUCUGCAGAAUAGGUACCAGCGUCAAAGAUUGCGCACUCGGAUAGCUCUAGGAAAGGCUAAAAGAAUGGAUGUCGUUGCUGGGGAAACAGCUGGUGUGGAAGGGCAGCUCUUGCUACUUUACCCAGUACUUUUCACAUUACAGGUUUUCGAAGGAUAUGUUGGAUUGUUACUUCUUCAGACGGCUUUUCACGGGCUUGCAUCAGAAUGGCAGGUUGUAGUUUGUGGGAUCUUGCUGGUGGUAAUGGCAGUUGGCAACUUCGUCAACACGGUGGAGACUUUGAUGUUAAAAUUGAGGUUCAAAGCAAAAAUGAAAAGAGCAAAGAGCAGGCAGGAUCUCAGUCGCCAACACCAAAAUUGACAAAGUAACAUUACCCAGAAUGGUGACUCUAUGCUUACAAACAGCAAUGCUGACACCAUCCCUCUUGUAAAUCCCUCAGUCCACAAACUGUUUUGGCUGCCCAUGAUUUUGUGUUUUGGUAAUUAUUCCACAUCGAAGUUCAUAUUCUAUGUACAAUGCACGAUUAAAACAGUGUCUUAACUUUCCCACUGACGGGAACACAGUUAAUGUGAUUUAUGUGCUACGGUGCUUGCCCGAAAUUGCAGAGAA